AUGGGGUGGAAGCCACCAGUGUUUCCCUCCCCCAACAGGGAGUCCCUGCCCUUGCCCUACCUGAAGCAGGAAGAGCUACACAACAUCCCCAGCUCGGAGCCUCCCUGCCCCGCAUUCCAGUACGUUCUCUGUGCAGCUACCUCCCCGGCUGUGAAGCAGCAGGAAGACACCCUCACCUACCUGAACCAGGGCCAGUCCUAUGAGGUGCGGAUGCUGUGCAACCCCAAGCUGAGCAAUGCUACCCAGUGGGCCCAGCUGUUGAAGAGUGUGGUGCGUGUGGUUUUCCACGACCGGCGCCUGCAGUACACAGAGCAAGAGCAGCUGGAUGGGUGGAGAUGGAGCCGGCCAGGGGACCGCAUCCUGGACAUCGAUGUGCCACUGUCCGUGGGGGUGAUAGAACCCCAGGUGCUGCCCUCACAACUCAACACAGUGGAGUUUCACUGGGACCCAACCAAGAAGACCUCUCUCUUCCUGCAGGUUCACUGCAUCAGCACCGAGUUCACUCCUCGGAAGAAAGGUGGGGAGAAAGGUGUCCCCUUCCGCCUCCAGAUUGACACUUUCAAGCCCAGCGACAAGGACCUUCCACCUGAGCACCUGCACUCAGCGGGGUGCCUCAUCAAGGUGUUCAAGCCCAAAGGAGCUGACCGCAAGCUGAAAACAGACCGAGAGAAGCUGGAGAAACAGUCCCUGCGGGAGAGAGACCAGUACCAGGCUGCCUGUGAGAGCACGGUGUUCGCUGAGUGUUCGCCGUGGCCGGACCCCAGUGCAGGGCCCUCCUCGCCGCUCGGCCCUCUUGCUCUGACCUCUCCCCACUGCUGCAAGCCCCUGUCCCCGGAGAGGCUCUGCUCCUCCCCGCCGUUCGCCUUGGACACCUUGGGGGGCAGCCCCGCUGAGGUGCGUCUUCCCUUUCCAAUGCCCCCCACCUGUGUCUCAAAGCCUCCUCGGGGCUUCGGCGGCCUCUCCGGAAUGGGGUGGCGCUGCCCCCUGCUGGACAGAGCUUGUAUGGCCGCAGAUGGCCAAACUGUUUCCUUCCGUGGGCCCAUGGUGACAACCUGGACUGCCCUCUUCGUGCCUCAGGAUCUGAACCCUGGAGCCUCCAUCCUAGAGACGCAGCAGUGGUUGCAUCGGCACCGGUUCUCCAGCUACUGCCGGGUGCUGGCCAACUUCACUGGCACUGAUCUACUGAAGCUUACCCGCCAGGACCUUAUCCAGAUCUGCGGGGCUGCCGAUGGGAUCCGCCUUUUCAAUGCUCUUAGAGCCAGGCGCACUCGUCACCGGCUGACUUUGUAUGUGGCUCAGGAGGCCUCUAGGCAAGAGAAGGAGGUUCCUAAGAACCCUGACUCAGGCUUUUAUCAAGAGAUCUCUCUAGAUGAACUCAGUGCUGUGGAGCUGAUGGGGAAACUGGCUGAGCUCUUGGCCCUCCCAGCCAAUCAGAUCCACCAGCUCUUUCACCAAGGCCCCGGGGGCGUCCUCAUUCUCCUCAGCGACCAGGUGGUUCAGAAUCUUAAGGAUGAAUCAUACUUUGUGGCUGUGGUGAAAAAAGAAUCCAGAUGGCUACUACCUGGUUCUCACCUAGGCCCAGGGACAUCCCGCUGCAAGAGUAGGAGACCAGCCUGGUUCUCGGGGGCCCCACGUUCACCAGAAGCCUUGCUUAAAUCCUCAGCUGCUUCAUCCGGCUCCGGGUGAAGCGGGAUGUCCUACGCCUAGAGGAGGGGAGCAGCCCCCGGGUUCCCAUCUCUCUGCUCAGCACCAGUUGGUAGAACCUGGGCACAGUCUCCCAAGCUCAGUUCAGCUGGCCAAGCCUGUGAGGCAUGGAAUCUGCCAAUAUGGAUAAGGCGCCUUUGCCCCAAGCAGUGCUGCCUGAACACUGGGUGCAUUGAUUCACAUUUAUUUAAAAUUGUAUUCACCCUUUCCUUUCCUUAAUAUUAAAAAUUAAUUCUA